AUGAAAAUUGUUCUCUUUCUAUCUACCCUAAGUGUCGUGAUAUUAUUUUGGGGUUGGUCUACUCUCUAUACGGCCUCCUUCCAAAAUCUCACAAUACCUUUCCGGGGCCCGAAGUACGCAUACGCAACAAUAUUGACCGGAUAUGACGGGCCCGACUCGGACAAAUACUUCACAGCUGUUAUGCUGCUCGCCUACCAGCUUCUCCACGACCCUCUCACAUCAUCUAAAACCGGUCUUCCAUUCGUAAUUCUUGUUACAGAAGAUGUGCCUGGAGACAAGCGGAAAAAGAUGAAUCAAAUAGGCGCAAAAGUCAUCCAGGUCGAUUCUCCUGAUCGUGACUGGAUCAAACCAAAAUGGGAGCGCUGGAAUGGCGUUAUGGCCAAGCUUAAACUAUGGACCCUGACUGACUACGAGAAAGUCGCCUUCUUGGACGCAGACACUGUCCUUUUCCACUCGUUGGAUGACAUAUUCAUGGACUCCGUUAGCAUGAUCGAAGAAACCAAGUCGACUACUGAAGAUACCAAUUCUAUCCCCGAACACUAUCUCCUAGCUGGGAUUCACGACUGGUAUGUCGAAAGUUUCCUGAAGCCACCACCCGGAAAAGAAUUCUACGAGCCAAAGAAUUAUAUAAAUGCUGGAUUUAUGGCAUUGGCUCCAUCAGUGGACAUGUAUGAAUACUUGUUAAGUUUGUUGGACCAGCCAGACAAAUUUGACACGUCCUAUCCCGAACAAAAUCUCAUAAAUUAUGCCUACCGCACUGACGGUCCUAUGCCAUGGAAAGGGCUAAAUUCGUCGUGGAAUUCAAUUACUGCUCUGGGACAGAAAUACCCCGCUGAUGUCUUGUCAUUGCAUCACAAAUGGUGGCAGCCUCUUGAUGAUGAAGAGAAAGAACGCUCUAUUCAGGAUGCCUUGCAACGUAUGCAGGACCGUAUUGUAUGA